CAGAGGGUCACUUCUCAAUAUGACUUCAGAGAUCACUUAUGCUGAAGUGAGGUUCACAAAUGAAUCCAAGUCCUUAGGCACCAAAUCAGAGCCUCCUGCAGCUCCCAAAGAGAAGACAAGCCUUCACAAAAGUAACCCUGGUUUUCCCAAGGUACUCUUACCCUUAUUGCUGAUGCUUCUGCUGUUAUUGGCAAUCUCAUUUUUUAUCGCUUUUAUCAUUUUCUUUCAAAAAUAUUCUCAGCUUCUUAAAGAAAAAAAGACUAUAAAAGAAUUUACUCACACAGCAUUGGAAUGUAUGAAAGAAAAUUUGACCAUGGAAGAGAACGUCUGGAGCUGCUGCCCAAAGAAUUGGAAGUCAUUUAAUUUCCAUUGCUACUUUUUUUCUACUAAAGCCAGAAAUUGGAUGGAUAGUAAAAAGAACUGCUCAGAAAUGAAGGCUCACCUGCUGGUGAUCAAUACCAAGGAAGAGCAGGAUUUUAUCACUCAGAACCUGGAUAAAACACAUGCUUAUUAUUUGGGGCUGUCAGACCCAGAGGGGAAACGAGCCUGGCAAUGGGUUGAUCAGACACCAUACAAUAAAAGUGCCACAUUCUGGCAUCCAGGUGAACCCAAUAAUCCUGCUGAGCGUUGUGUUAUACUGAAUGCUCCUUUCCAAGUCUUGUGGGGCUGGAAUGAUAUUCCUUGUAUUAACUCUCACAUGUCAGUUUGCAAGAUGAUGAAGAUCUACUUAUGAAUGGGAAAUUCUCCAUGAACAUGUGGUUGAAUUGGUAUCCACCAUUAAAGAGAUGAAUAUUUGCCUUUUAGAAUUUUGUGUAAGCUUGCAUAAGUGAACUCCAGAGAAUUUUCCAGUAGGCUGUCAUCUAUUCAACUUAUAUAAAAUAAGUAUACACCUUAAUUCAUAAAUUCAUUCACACAAUGAACAUCUAUUGAGCAUUUUAUUGUAUACUGUAUACUGGAGAGCCUGUCUGCAGACAAAUGGAGGGAGCAUGAGCCUCCUCUCCUAAUUUUUGUCUAAUUGCUAAGGGGUUAGAUACUGAUAUAACGAUAUGAUGUGGUUCCUCCAUUUAUCUGGAUUUAUCUCUUUACAGGCUGGUCAAAAGCAAAAUAAUACCAACUAUUACAUUCCAUUUUUCUCAGACAGAUUCAUUGUUUUCAUUGACAGCAUAUUACGCAUCAGUUGGAAUAUAAUACACAUCAAUAAGCUGAAACUUAUCUUCCAUUGAUGUGUAUAAUACAAACGGAAGAUAAGUAGGCUCUUGUGCUCCUUAACAUUCUCUGUUUGGACUUGAACUGUCAUUUAAUAUCAGAGUACAGGCACAGGAUAAUCAGAGAUUGAGCAUUAGAUAUUUAGAAUUAGAGAAUUAGAAGCCAUUACUGGUGUAAAAAUAAUAUAAACAGAGCCACUGCAUUGCAUGUCUUACUUCUCAUACCUUUUGGAUGUUAAAACUUGGCAAAAUAACCUUUGAACUGGGCCUAAAGCAACAUUGUAUCCCAAAUAACUCUUUGCAAAGAUAACAAAAAAAGCUAAUAAAAAUGUCUCCCAACUGAAAAUUAAAGUCAUUCUUUAGAAUUAGCAUCACUAUGUUAAUCUGUCUGCGCCUAUAGAAAUCCCUUCCUUCUGUCUGUAUAUUUGUUCCCAUUACCGUUCUCAAAUACCCCUUGCCAUCAACUCCUACUUAGAACAUUAAGUUUCUGCCCAAAUCCGUGCUUCCAGAAUAGCUUUUGGAUCCCAAAUAAAUGCUUGUUGCUUCUCACUUUGGCCUUUUAUUUUUAGGUUAACACUGGUGAGUUGACAGAUUUAUAUUCAUAAGGUAUUCUGAUACAUUUUUAUCUUUAAGUUUUAUAAUUUCUAUGUAUAGAUUGCCACUCAAAAUGGUUCCUGACAUCUUUGUAAUCCCCUUUUCACUUAAGUUCUUACACAUCAUUUUCUUUCUACAACAUUAUAAAAUAUAUGAUAUUUACAAUAAAGCCUGCAAUUCAUGCUUUAGUAUAGUAGUUAUAAUUAAUCAUGAUAAAGCUGAUUCUUGCCAGGACUAUCCCAAUAUGGCCUAAAAUUGUACUCUGAUUUUCUUGAUUUAACAGAGUAAUUAAUUAUAUUUACCACUCACUUCUUGACUAUAUCAUAAGUUGAGUUAUUUUUAUAAGGGUCUGAUUUUAUACAUUAUAUGUAGAAUUUACCAGUUUACUUCCCAGAAAGCAACUUAUAUCACAAUUCUGGGAAAUUUCUGGGGAAACUUUAUUUACAAUGAGCUUUUCCCAUUAGUAUUUCAAUAAUAUGGGGAUGGGAUGUAGGGAGGGCAAAAAGGACCUCUUUUCUAAAUGCCUUUGAU